AUGUGCCCGGCUCGUAUCCCUGUGGAGAUCAUUGCAUGCACUGUUUGUGCUCUGGGAGCUACACUGCAAAUCGAUUUGAAGCUCUUCUUUGACUUCAAUAUUCUGAACAUCUCCAACCUUCCGGUGAACUAUUCUCAAUCAUUAUCGGGUGUUGUGAAGUUGGUAGACAGCAUUGUGAGCAACACGAAGCAGUGGGAGCAAAUAGAUCGCAGAGACAGACACAGGGCAGCUUCAUCAUUGCUGGACACAGUGGCAAACUACGUGUUGGAGACUUUCAAUGCAUCCAAUGGAAGAGUGUCAGUAACAUCCCAAUAUAUAGAUAUUGAAGUGCAUGUUGCUCCAGAGAAUGUCUCUCUGAAUGAUACGCUGGCAUUAGACAUGACUAACAACACAUUGAACACUUAUUGGAGGAUUGUAACUGCAGAGAACCAAUCUGACAAACCUGUUGUUGGGUUCCUUGCCUACAGCAACAUGGAAACCAUUCUGGAUGGGUACUUUGAUGAUGAAGAGAAUAAAGUGUUGGCAGAUUAUCAGCUAAACUCAAAAGUAGUCACAAUCACAAGCAAGAAGAACAUUUCUGAUCACAUGGAACUCAUGAAUUUUACCUUGAAGCACAAAAAGAAAAUGGACGCAAACAAAAAGCCACGGUGUGCUAUGUGGAAGCACACGUCCGAGAGACAGGGCUGGUCUGUGACGGGCUGCCACGUGAUAACCUCCACUGAAGAACACACCUCGUGCGGCUGUUCUCAGUUGGCCAGCUUCGCCAUUCUCAUGACUCCCUUUGACGUAGAGGUCGGGCCUGCCCUACACAUCAUCACUCAGGUUGGGAUUAUUGCCUCGCUCGUGUGUCUCACAAUCUGCAUCCUCACCUUCCUCUUCUGCCGAACGCUUCAGAGGGAAACCCGCACAAUCUAUCUGAACCUGUCUGUGAGCCUGUUCCUGGCAGAGCUUCUGUUUGUAACAGGAAUAACCCGGACUAGCAACAAGAUCAGCUGUGCGAUCAUUGCCGGAGCCUUGCACUACCUGUUCCUCGCGGCUUUCACUUGGAUGUUCCUGGAUGGGCUGCAGCUAUUCCUCCUGGUUAAAAACCUCAGCAGAAUGAAAGCUUCCCACAGCUCCAGACUGAGAGAGAUGGGUCUCUACGCCUUUGGUUACGGAAUUCCUGCCAUCAUUGUGGGCAUUUCUGCGGCUGUGAACCCCGGGGGGUUUGGGUCACCGCGAUUCUGUUGGCUGCAGUUACAGAGAGGAUUUAUCUGGAGCUUCCUUGGACCAGUCAUUGCAAUCAUUUUGAUUAACACCAUUCUCUUCAUUGGAACUCUCUGGACUCUGAGGGAAAAGCUCUCCGGCCUGAACACACAAGUGUCCAAAAUUAAAGACAAGAGGAUGCUGGCGUUUAAAGCCGUGGGGCAGGUGUUUGUCCUGGGCUGUACCUGGAUCCUGGGAGCGUUUCACUUCCAGAAGGAAACGGUGGUCAUGGCUUAUUUAUUCACCAUCGUCAACAGCUUCCAGGGCGUCUUUAUCUUCAUCUUCCUGUGCGUUCUGAACAAGCAGGUGAGGGAGGAAUAUCGCUGGUGCUUUGCCAGAGUGAACAGAGGGGUGAGAUCAAGCUACACGGCGGAAACGGUCUCUGCGAGUGCACAAAUGACAGGAACAUCGGCUGAUGGCAGUGGGAAGUCUUUGGAACAUUAAUGUCUUCAUCAGUCUGUGUGCGAAUCAUCGUGUGGACCCGAGGCAAACGGUACAUCUUUGUGGUUACACAGAGGGAAUUAGCAACUGGAACAUGGUGGCCAGGAAGGGGGGGCGGGGGGUGAGGACAGGACGCUGGGACUGAUUUAAAAAGCAGCUCAAUGCAAUGCUGAGGGUUAUUCGAGUGAACAUUGUGGAGAAAUGAGAUCCGAUGGUCCAAAGGAUCAUCUUCAUCCAAACCCACUAUGUGAUUCACAUAACUCAGCCUCAAUAACCUCAAAUAAUCUCCAACAUUGCAGCGCUCCGUCCCCCUGA